CCUGAGGUUCCCCACCCCUGGUUUAGAGGGUGGUUGAUUGUGAAGCAGAGAGGGAGGGGUUAUAUCUCCCUAGCAUUUGACCUCAUGGGCGCCUAGUAGCCAGGAGUUCCGCAGGCCCCUGGUGGCAGUUCUGGCACAGGCCCGGCAUGGGGGCGGGGUGGGAAUCCCAUUUGAACCAGGCUGGUUUGUGGGAUCCGUCAGAAAAAAAUCCCCAAAGGGGAAACUUUCAAACUGAUGGCAAAGUUCCCCCGAGGCACCCGGCCUCAGGCUCUCCCAGGCUCACUGGGCAACAGUGCCCGGCUGUGGGUUCUCCAGGAAUCCUGGCAGCUCACAAGGGCCUGGACACCGUCUGUUGUGUGUUCUGCUCCUUAGGCAACAAACCCAGCACAAAGAAACCACCGGCCCAGCAACCAUGUUACUACCACCACACAGCACGCACGGCCCCGUUACAUGCGGGCGCACACGGGCACACGCACGCUGAGCCUCUGGCUGGAUUCUACUACCUGGAACCCAGUGGGCACCACGCCAGGGCUCACUAAUUAUUGAAAGGGAAACUGCCCCAUUCUGGUGCACGGCACAGUCCCACGGAGAUGCUGUUUCCUGCCCACACCUGCAGGAAAGGGAUCGAGCGCCAGCAGCUGCCUGGGGGCUUUGUUUGCAUGUAAAGAAGCGAGCUGAGGCCCUACAAACUCAUUCCUGGAUUGGUCCUGCCUGGGGCAGGGGCAGGACUUGACUCCUGAGGUCUCUUCCAGCUCUACGAUUCUGACGCCCCCGGGGGCUCUGUUCCCCUAAGUCUCUGGAGCUGGGCCGGGGGCUCCGCUGUGAGGCAUGGCCUCCGCCUUCCCUUUGGCGGCCCUGCUGAGCGCGGCCCUGUGGUUUCCGUUCUGCAGAGACAGCGCUAUUGUGCUGAUCCAAGCAACAAUUGCUGCUCCCUUCCAUGGCAUAAAAGCCACACGCCGCACGUUGAGCUCAGCCACGCGCCGAGGACACAGGAGAUGGAGGGACCCUGCAUUGCCCUGCUGGGGCUGCUGCUGGCAUGUUCCACUCAGGCAGGCGAGCAGGAUGUUACGAUCGUCGGGGGACACAAAGUGCAGAACCACUCCCGGCCCUACAUGGCCUUCCUGGAAAACGAAUAUAGGGAAUUUCUAUGUGACGGGUUCCUGAUCCAGCCUCUGUGGGUGAUGACCGCAGCCCAUUGCCACAUCAUCAGGAACGUGCGCGUCCUGGUUAUGCUGGGCGUCCAGCUGCGGAGUGACACCCCCAACUACGUGAGGGAAGUCAUACGCUUUUACCCGCACCCUAAGUUCAACGCAGAGACCAUGGAGAAUGACCUCAUGCUGCUCCGACUGAGCAGCCCUGUGCCCGAGGACGCGACAACGAAGCCGGUGAGACUCCCGGAGCGGGACAGGGAGAUCCCCCUCACGGCGUCCUGCAGCACAGCGGGCUGGGGCCGCACCGGCCAAAACAGAGAGUCCAGCAACAGUCUGCAGGAAGUGAACGUCACCCUGGUGUCGAGGGACAAGUGCAACGUCGGCCGCAAAUGGAGGAUCACCGAGAACAUGGUCUGCGCUGGGAACAUGCACCACAAUGCCUGCGAGGGCGACUCGGGCGGGCCGCUGGUGUGCGAUGACGUGGCUGAAGGCGUGGUCUCCUUUGGCAGCAAGAGAUGCGGCGGCAGCAAGCUCCCGACGGUCUAUACCCAGAUCUCCCGAUACUUGCUGUGGAUCAAAAACAUCACCCAAUCGACCUGCUAGGGGAUCGGAGGGGCUGCUGGUCCCCCCUCCUUCCUGGCCAGCACCCCCGCCAGGAACGGCUCCUUCACCCUUCGUGGGCUGCUAAGAACCCCACCCACACCUGACACAAGCUGAGCAUGUGCUUGCUUUAACUUUAACCACUUAACUGCUGAACAGGGCAACUGGGGCUCACCCUCCUGAGGCUUGGGGAGGGGGGUGUCGGAUAGGGCACAGGGUAAAGGUGCUGGGGACCCAGGCCUGUCCCAAAGGCAGAGAAAGGAUUAAACGGGGAAGAGAGGGGUUUUCACGGCUCGAUAAUCCAGUCCUGGAAAGUAAUCCCUUUGUUCUGUUUAGAUCAGUGGUGUCAGAGAUCAGAGCGAGCUAGCGGCUGCGCCUCUGGGGAUAAGAGUCUACUAUAGCUAACGGGAUUCCUCCUGUACCUCAAGCAGCAGACGUUCAGCCUUUAGCACGAGAGCCGAUGCUCCAUCUGUAACCCAGAGGCACCGAGGCCACUGAGCCGGGCGAGUGAAGUCUGCUGACUUUGCGCUCAUGCAGGCACGUGGCUUUAGUCCCUGCGGUCGACAGCGCUAUGCAGAUCCUGUAGCCACAUCAGAGAAGGUGUUUGUAUCCCUGCCCCACUUCCCAAUCUCAGCCUGCCCAGCGAUGCGACCGGAUCGCACGUUGCAACAGCUAGGAAAGGCUCCUGGUACUUCCUUUGGCCUACGCAGGCUCAGGAUCUUGUUGCCUUUGCCCAUAGCUUGCUCCCCGCACACGUGCUUUCUCUAGAGUGUAAGUUUGUUGGGGUGGGGACCAAACCUCUGUUUGAGCAGCACCCGGCCACCCUGCUGCCUUUUGGGAGCUGCCAGGUUCUGCCAUAAAUACACACCAUUCUUACCAAUCUUCUGCUGCUGUUUUGAUACUGCGAGGCCGUUUUUGGCUUUGUGAAAAAUGCUAAUCCUAAUAAACCUGUUUCAUAGCUGAAUGUUUGCAUUCUCCUUUCCACACCUUCCAUCUGCAGGCUGGGAACACCUCCCUUCCAGCGGAGGAGCGCGCUAACGGAACCCUAGACUUAUUAUUUGGGAUCAGAGCCUCUAGUCUGUGUCAUAGGCCCUACAGUGUAUGCAAAUGCUGGGGAUUCUCCUUUAGCUGAGCUGAGGGGCCUGUGCUGAUGUAUGCCACUUCUGUGGCAUGAUGUUCUGCAGGGAGUGAGCUUGUGAGGCUGAGACAGGAACCCAGAGGAAAGAGAGUUCUUCCAUUUUCUUAUGAGCUUCCAUGCACAGAGAGAAACUGGGAGAGAGGAAAAAACACCUUUAUAGUCCCUCCUUGUUCCUGAGAGAGGUCAUCCUCCAGCAGCCGUCCUGCGUCUUUUACAUGUACCCACGGGUGUGCCCACACCACAGGGUCUACGGCGCUGUCGGCUCUAGCCAAGCUGGGGGGAAGGGUCUGGCAGUCCCCACGCCGCAGCGCAGCAGAGCUGAAAGCCGCUCUGGGGGGGGGAAGCGGAGCAGUUGGCGAGGGCCUCAGCCUCCUCAUUCGUGUAGCUACAAGGAAGCGGACGCCAACGCUUUCACACUCGGGGUGGGGAGCGCUGCCAGGAAGAAGGGAAAAUGUUUGGGGGACAGGGAGCUCUGAAGCCGU